AUGGCAUCAGCAAUAACAGGACCAGUUCCUUUACCAGAUUCAAGAUAUGACUUGUCUACUUAUUGGGGUAGAGUUCAACACUGUGCAGAAAUUUCAGAUCCAACCAUGUUACUCAAUACUUCAAAAGAUAUUUCCAACGCAAAGCAAAUGAUUUGGGACUAUAGAAAUGGAGUCAUUCCCUCCAUGACACCAGAAUUAUGGAGAGCUAAGAAGAUCUUAGAUUCAGCCAUUCAUCCUGAUACUGGGGAAACUGUUAUGUUACCUUUUAGAAUGAGUUCAUGUGUUUUAUCAAAUUUAGUGGUUACAGCUGGUAUGUUAACACCAAAUUUAGGUACUUUUGGUACUUUAUUUUGGCAAAUAGCUAAUCAAUCAUUAAAUGUAGCUAUUAAUACUGCUAAUGCCAAUAAGUCUCAUCCUUUAACCACUAAACAAGUGGUUACCAAUUAUUCAUUAGCUGUUACAGCUUCUUGUUCUGUUGCUUUGGGUUUAAAUGCUAUAGUACCAAGAUUAAAAUCUUUAAAACCAAACACAAGAAUGAUUUUAGGUAGAUUAGUACCUUUCGCUGCUGUUGUAUCUGCUGGUAUUGUUAAUGUCUUUUUAAUGAGAAGUGAAGAAAUUAAAAAAGGGAUUACCGUAUUCGAUGAAGAAGGUAAACCUCAAGGAACUUCUCAAACUGCUGCUGUUUAUGCUGUUGGAGAAACCGCAGCCUCAAGAGUUAUCAAUGCUACUCCAGUUAUGGUCAUUCCUCCAUUGAUUUUAGCUAGAUUAGAAAAGAACUUCUUGAAGAAUAAACCUCAAUUUGUUAACAUUGGGGUUAAUAUUGGUUUAAUUUUUGCAACUUCCUUAGUUGCCUUACCUUUUGCAUUAGCAGUAUUCCCACAAAGAAGAACCUUACCAGUAUCAAGUUUAGAAUCCAAAUUCCAUGACUUAAAAGAUGAAAAGGGUAAUACUAUUAAGAAUUUAGAAUUUAAUAGAGGUAUUUAG